AGAAUCUAAUAUGAAUUUUGCUAUUCGAACGGGUAGUCAACACGCCGUUUUGGCAGCCAAGGGAUAAAUUCGACGCGUAUUAAGUAUCUCAAAAUUGAACUAUCCAUAAAAUUCAAAGAGAAAGAAGAGAAUUACAUACAUCAGAUUCAGGAUUUUUUGAUCAAGUAAUUUCUUGAUGGAUUUACCAUGACUAAAUCCAAAAGUAAAUCCAAAGGCUUCAUAAAAAAAAUCAUCAAAAUAUUCAAAUUUUGGCCGACUCAAGGAGAAAACGUAGAGGAUUUGGAGAAAAUUGCAGCACAAGAACAAAAGCAGUUUCCUUUCGAGAUCCUUGUUGCAGCAACCAAAAAAUUUCAUCAUACGCAAAAGCUUGGGGAAGGAGGCUUUGGUCCUGUAUACAAGGGAAAAUUAGAUGAUGGUAGAGAAAUAGCUGUCAAGAAGUUAUCUAACAGCUCAGGUCAGGGAAAGAAAGAGUUUCAGAAUGAGGCGAAAUUGUUGGCACGUGUGCAACACAGAAAUGUAGUGAAUUUACUCGGGUACUGCGUGCACGGUGCAGAGAAGCUGCUUGUUUAUGAGUAUGUGGUCAAUGAGAGCAUUGACAAGAUUCUUUUCAGUAAGUUCUGCAAUGCCUGUAAGAUUUGCAUUUUUUUUCAGUUCCUGUGAUUAUCCUUGUCAUGG